AUGCCGCUCGCAAUUGAUUUACUGCACCCUUCUCCUGCUUCGGAGAAAAGGAAACAUAAGUUGAAGAGGCUGGUGCCACAUCCGAACUCAUACUUCAUGGAUGUUAAGUGCCCUGGCUGCUACAAAAUCACAACCGUAUUCAGUCACGCGCAAAGAGUGGUUGUAUGUGCUGGUUGUUCAACAAUCCUGUGUCAACCCACCGGUGGUCGCGCGAGAUUAACGGAGGGAUGUUCAUUUAGAAGAAAACAACAUUAA